ACACUGCAACCAUUGAGCAUGUCCUAUUUAGUUGUGUUGCUGCUUUGCUUCAGGCCGUUUUCAUUGUGAGGCUGCAGCAGUAUCACUUCACUGCGUGUUUACUUUGCCGUAACACACCUUCGGGAUUUUCCACGCUGGAAUUUCAGACGCUUCAUUGUGUUAUUAAAGCAGUUUGGUUCCGUUUCAAAGGGCGAAUAACAUCUUGUACAAAGUUUCACAUCCGUUUAAUCAGUGUCGUAAGUUCUCACGGUGCACGGGCACGUCCGUUAGGUAGGAAUGAUGAUGUCACGGAUGCUCCGGUGACCGAAUAAGGAAGCUGACACCCGAAAGAUUAGUUUCAGAGUAGUUUUUAAUUUGAAGCAGGCGAAGGCUGCCGUGUGUUUGUCCUCGCGUGGGGAAAGUCACCGCCGCCUCUGACAUCAGUGUGAUGUAGUUGCUGCUGUAGUUUCUUGAGGAAAGAGAAAAGAGGAAGCAGUUCCGCCCAGAAGCUGACUGGAGGCCGACGAGAAAAGAGGCGAAAGAAGAAAAGAAAAGGCGACGGCGAUUGCCACAGUCCCGCUGUAAGGCCCAACUCAAAGCAGACCCGUCGGUGCGUGUUAUUGUGCUGCGUGGACAGUGGGACUCCGUCAGGACUUUGCUUUACAGGUGUGGCCCCGAGUCCGUCGUUCGCACACCAAACUUCAGUUUUGAAAACCGUCCAUGUUGGUGUCUCCUUACAGCUAGCAGGCUUGCUGCGAGACCGGGAUUUAACGCGCCCUGAGGUCCUGCGGUGAGCUCGGAGAGGUUCUGGUCCGGACUGAAAAUGAGUGGAGACGAGGAAAGAUUCAAACUGGUGGUUGUGGGGGGAGGAGGAGUGGGAAAGAGCGCCCUUACCAUCCAGUUCAUACAGUCGUACUUUGUGUCCGACUACGACCCCACCAUUGAAGACUCCUACACCAAGAUCUGUACCGUGGAUGGAAAGGAGACCCGGCUUGACAUCUUGGAUACAGCAGGUCAGGAGGAGUUUGGUGCGAUGAGGGAGCAGUACAUGCGGUCUGGAGAAGGCUUUUUACUGGUGUUUGCACUCAAUGACCGUGGCAGCUAUCAUGAAGUCCAGAAGUUCCACACCCAGAUCCUGAGAGUGAAAGACAGAGAUGAUUUUCCCAUGGUGCUGGUUGGAAACAAGGCAGACCUGGAACAGCAAAGAGUGGUAACUAACAACAACCGAUACUCCUCUAUAAUGUCAUUUUUCUUCUAUUCCAGAUCUACUGCAGAAGGGAAGUUCUGGAAUCUCAACAGUUUAGGAGAUAUCUGCAGUUUAUAA